AUGUCUCUCCCCCUCUCCACGAUCUCCUCUUUCCGCGCCUCCUUCUCCCCUUUCUCCCCACUCUCCAAACCCUGCCGACUGGUCCUCUCCCUCCUCCAAACACCAACGACCGCAUCGCCCUCGAGCUCUUCACACAUCAAAAUAUCCGUGACGAAGCUCCCUCGACACUCGCCGAAGCUGCCGGAAAUGACCAUCGGAUUCCGCAAUGGCAAGGAGCUCAGAUUCGAAGUGGGAAAGAAUCAAAUGUCGGUACAUGAUGUGUUGGAAGAACUAGGGCGCGUUGGGAGAGUUAUUGAGAGAGAGGAGAGUUUGAAGGGUUGA